GGGGCGGCCCCGGCUCCGCCCCGCUCCGCCCCGGCGCGGCGCAGCCCGGCGCGGCCCCGGCCGCGAUGCGGGGCCCGGCGGCCGCGGGGCCCGGGCGGCGGCGCCUCCGCGCUCGCCGCUGCCGCGGGGGCUCCCGGCGCGCCUGCGCGCCCCGGCGCUCCGGAUAGCCCUGCGGCCCCGAGGAUGAGGACGCUGGCGCAGGUCUUCCUCGCCCUGCUCUCGCUGGCUGCCGCCUCCACGGUCUACGUGCUGCUCUGCUCCCGCACCCGCCCGGCGCUCUGCUGCCAGCCCCCCGUGUGGCCCGGCAGCCCCCGGCACGCGGCGCCCCGCGCCCUCCGCCUCCACGGCUACAGCCGCGUCCCCGACGGCGAGCCGCUGGCCAGAGCGCCGUGCCGCCGCUGCGCCCUCGUCUCCAGCUCGGGGCAGAUGCUGGGCUCGCGCCUGGGCCGGGCCAUCGACGGCGAGGAGUGCGUGCUGCGCAUGAACCACGCGCCCACCGGCGGCUACGAGGAGGACGUGGGGUCCCGCAGCACCGUCCGCAUGGUGUCGCACACCAGCGUCCCGCUGCUGCUCCGGGACCAGCCCUACUUCUUCGAGCGGUCCCGGGAGACCGUCUACGUCAUCUGGGGGCCCACGAAGAAGAUGAGCCGGGAGAAGGUGGGCCCGACCUACCAGGCGCUGCUGAAGGUGGUGGAGAAGUAUCCCAGCCUGCAGAUCUACACGCUCACCGAGCAGAAGAUGGCCUACUGCGACGACCUCUUCCAGAACGAGACCGGCAAGAACAGGAUGAAAUCCGGGUCCUUCCUGAGCACGGGCUGGUUCACCAUGAUCCUGGCCAUGGAGCUGUGCGAGCAGGUCUUGGUCUUCGGCAUGGUCAACGAUAAUUACUGCAGGGAGAAGAACCACUCCAGCGUGCCUUACCACUACUUCGAGAAGGGCCGCCUGGACGAGUGCAAGACCUACCUGGCGCACGAGCGAGCGCCCCGCGCCGGGCACCGCUUCAUCACCGAGAAAGCCGUCUUCUCCCGCUGGGCCAAGAAAAGGAACAUCAUCUUCACCCACCCCUCCUGGGCGGGCGGCUAGGGGCCCUGUCUGCACCUCGGCGCUGUUUGGCCGGGCUCUGGACCAGCGUGGCGAGCAGCAGGGCCCGUCACCGCAGCCUUCUGCCUGCGCUCGUCCUCCUAAGAUGUUAUCUUGGCUCUGCCACGUUUUCAAGCCUUUUUCCCUCCCCUGGAGCGGGGAUUUUUGGUCGCGGCCUCCGCGGGGCUGGUUCGGGUGGGCUGGGAGCGGCGGAGGCCCCGAGCAUCUCCCCCCGGCCAGGCAGGCCAGCGCCCAAGGCCAUCGCGAAGGCUCCCCCCACCAAUGCCAGCAUGGAUGUUUAAUACGGCGUUAAACAUUUAUGCUGUUCGGUCCCAGCGGGAUGCGGGGCGGGAAAGGUCGGCGUCCUCCUGGGGCGCAAACCGGUGCCUCUUGCCAGGAUGAAAUUUCAGCGCGGUCCGUGCCCGGAGCCGCCGCAGGGGAUGAGCAGGGCGCUGCCCGCAGCAGGCGGCAUUGCCCCGUCUCGGCCCGUCUUUCGGCCCAUCCUGGCACCGCGCAGCCGGGAGCGGGACCCACGGUGCAGGGAGGCCCCGCGUGCCCCGCGGGCCAGGCGCGUGCCCGGCGGCUCCCCGUUGCCUUUGUCACAAGUGCCCUUGGAUUCAGACCAAAGCAGACGUGCCCAUUAAAAGCAUUUUUGCAA